AUGACUGCUAGCCUAAACUCUAUCAAGUUGAUAGCGGGAAACUCUCAUCCUCAUCUAGCGAAUGCUAUUUGUGAUAAACUAAGUUUAGAGCCUGCUAGAGUAGGUGCCUUUCAAUACACUAAUAAGGAAACUGGCGUCGCUGUGGGUGAAUCUGUGAGGGAUGAAGAUGUUUAUAUCAUUCAAACAGGAUGUGGCGAAAAAAGAGUCAAUGAAUUUUUGAUGGAACUACUUUUCAUAAUUAAUGCCUGUAGGAUCGCAAGUGCUAGGAGGAUCACAGCAGUAAUUCCAAAUUUUCCCUAUGCUAGACAAGACAAAAAAGAUAAAUCAAGAGCUCCAAUUACGGCAAAACUUAUAGCCAACUUAUUGGAGACUGCUGGAUGCGAUCACAUUAUUACUAUGGAUUUGCAUGCUUCUCAAAUCCAAGGCUUCUUUAGAGCACCUGUCGAUAAUUUGUAUGCUGAGCCAUUAGUUUUGAGGUAUAUUGAAGAGCACUUUGACAUGAAAAACUUGAUAAUAGUUUCGCCAGAUGCAGGCGGGGCCAAAAGAGUGGCAUCAAUAGCUGACAAGCUUGAUGUGAACUUUGCCUUAAUCCACAAAGAAAGACAAAAGGCCAACGAAGUAUCUAAAAUGGUAUUGGUGGGGGAAGUCACUAAUAACGUGUGCCUCUUGAUUGAUGACAUGGCAGAUACGUGUGGCACUUUAUGUAAAGCGGGAGAGGUAUUGAUUCUGAACGGAGCUGAAAAAGUUAUUGCGAUUGUAACACAUGGUAUUUUUUCUGGAAAUGCUAUUGAAAAACUUAAUAAUUCCAAAUUAGAUAGAAUCAUUUGCACGAAUUCUAUGCCUUUGAAUGACGAGCUACAUAAAUGCCAAAAGCUUGAGAUCAUAGAUAUUAGUGCUACAUUAGGUGAAGCUAUCAGAAGAUUACACUUUGGUGAAAGUGUCAGUUUUCUAUUCAACCAUGCCCCCGCAUAA